AUGUCUCGUCGAGAAACCAACCCUCACUUUUCUAGACCAGUGCAACCCCAGAAUGCAGAUCAGCAGCAGCCAAAUAUUCCAUUAGUGCCACACCAACACCACCGUGGCCAACCAUCUCUUCCUGUAGCAGCACCUAUAAAAGAUGCAUCUCAGCAUCCCCAACCUCAUUUUCCAUUGCCACACCAUGAAGAUCAUGUUCCAUUGCGCGCAGAUCAUGAUAGUCGUUUUCCACACCACGAUCACGUUCCAUUGCGGGCAGAUCAUGAUAGUCGUUUUCCACAUCCCCUUGAGCAAGAAGGUCAUCAUCAACCACCUAGUUUACAAGUUCCACGAAGGGGGGGAAACCGCACCAGCCAACCACCGCGUGGAGGCUCACGCAAAAAGCAUCGAGAUCAGGAUCUUCGGCCAGUUAAGUCAAAGGUAAAUUUUCAAGAGCCAUCAGUUCUAUCACCACCACCGCUUGAUCAUCCUCCUGAGCCUCGGCGGCAGCUAGCACCACGCCAAGAUCGGCGUCACAGUGGUAUAAGGUUUCCUAAAGAACAAAAAUCACCACCUUUAACUUGGCUGGGUGCUUUCUUGUGUGUAAUAUUUUGGCUUAUCAUAAUCAUAGGAGGCUUAAUAGUACUCAUAGUGUACUUGGUUUUUCGUCCACAAAUUCCUCACUUUGAUGUCUCUAGUGUUACACUAAAUGCUGCAUACCUUGAUGUUGGCUAUCUACUCAAUGCUGAUUUAACUAUGCUGACAAAUUUCACAAAUCCAAACAAGAAAGUACAUGUGGAUUUCAGCUCAGUGAUCAUUUAUCUGUACUAUGGAAGUACCCUUAUUGCUACUCAAUAUGUUGAGCCUUUCUCAGCUGCAAGGGUUCAGUCAAGAUUUGCAUAUAUACAUAUGGUAACUAGUCAAGUUCAGCUGCCAUUAAAUGAGGCACAGAGGCUUGUGAAACAAAUGGAAAGCAAUGGCGUUUUGCUUGAAGUGAGGGGAGUUUUCAGAGCAAGAUCAAAACUAGGAACCAUCUUAAGGUAUUCAUAUAACCUUUAUGGCCGUUGCAGUAUCAUGGUGGCACGCCCUCCAGAAGGGAUAUUGAUAAGAAAGAAGUGCAGAACGAAACGAUGA